UGAUAUGAUAUUAACUUGUUUGUCUUUCUCGUAGGUCUAAACUAAAGGAGCAUAUGCAGUACUGUGUGGAUCAUCCUGAGGAGAUUAACAAACUUGCUAAGGUUAAGGCUCAAGUAACUGAGGUGAAAGGAGUUAUGAUGGAGAACAUUGAGAAGGUCAGGAUAGUAUUAUCUAUGUUAAUCUCACAGCUCUGCUUUAUAAUUAAUUUGAGCAUAUUUGUCAUAACUGGCUUGAAUUUGUAUUUCAGAACACAAGGAACAAAAAUAAGAAGAAAGAUGUGGUGGGAGAACAUGAAGAUUAAGCUCAUAGUCGUUGGUAUCAUCAUUGCAUUGAUUCUCAUCAUCAUCAUCUCGGUUUGUCCUGGCUUCAAGUGUACUUGAAAAGAAGAACAGUUUGAGAGAUUAUAAGCCCCUUAUUGUUAUACUAACCUGCUCCUCCCAGUAUUUUCCCUUCUAUUUUGAUCUUUUUGUUCCGCAGUGUCUCUUUUAUAGUUAUUUUUAAUUUUGUUAGCAAAAAAGCAAUACGAUGAGCAGUAUUUAGAAAUGAUCCUUUG